AUGGAUAUUACAUUAAAUUUUCUGGAUCCCCAAGAGGAGAAAAAUUAUGGUCUAUAUAGUCAUUAGAUCGAACUAAAUUUAUUUAAAAGGCUACUCUAUAGUAUGAUGAUAGGAUCAUUUUCUGGGUCUAUAUACUUUCUUAUAACAUAGAACUAUCUCUAUAUAGUUCUGGGGACCUAUAUGUUUGUUCAAACGAUGUUAGCAAUUUUCCUCUCACAAAAAUCAAUCUAAUUUCUAAAUAUCGUAGCUUUUGCUUAUCAAAUGGAGAUCUAAACCUUACUUGCUGUGUUAAUUACAUAAUUAGAUGAAACUUUAUAAAGAAGCACAGUUAUGAUAAUCACGUCAGCAGCUUUUUAAUUAUCCAUUUGGUAUAUCUUGCAUUUUAAUCGUUUAGCCUCUCCAUAGCUGUUCGUAAGUCUUUACGCUGUCUCAAUUCAAAUAUUACUAAGUUCUAUGAUUGAAUCUUUGAGUUUAGUUUGGAUAGGUUUUGCUCUUUUUUCCCUUAUUUUCGCAUUCUAGUUCAUUUAUUAUUAAGAAUAUGAGAAGAGGUAAAAAUAUACUUUGCAUUAAAAUGCCCAAAGGAUAAAGGAAAACUUAAUAAAUUUAAUUGAGAUACCAAUACUAACAUGUUAUAAUAAUGAAAGUGAUUUAAAAUUGGUCUUCACUGAAGCUAACAAAUGUGCUUAAAGUCUUUUGAAAGUGAAAGACUAAAAUAGCUUUCUAAAAUUUGCAAGAGAAGUUAGCAUAUUACAAACAAAAACCAUUUCCUCAUUUACGAAAUAAUAAACUGUAAAUAAUGUCAUUACGACACAAUCAUUAGAAGGCUUGGUUCGAAAAUUCUUCCGAAAAUAAAUUGACUAAGAUAACGACCUGAAAAGGACUUUUUCCGCAUAUAGAUGCAGAGUUAAGCACAAUUCUUAAGAGUACUUAUGUUAAUUAAUUUUAUUAAAUGAAAAAUACCCCUAAUGUUUUAUAUACCUUUAGAAAAGCUUUGAUGAUUAUAUAGAGAAAACAAAUUAAAAAUUAAAUAUAUUAAAUUUACUUCUUAAGCGAAGUGCUAGGGAGAUAUUCACUAAAAUUGGGAAUAAGUAAAAGUGCUUUAAAUCUUUGUACUCGAACUAAAAAACUUGCAAACCUUUUAAAUCAGUUGAAAGAUUAGACCAAGAAAUAUUUUAAGUCAACAUUUACUUUGCUAAUUCUAAAAUACUAUUUAAUUCUCAUAAUACUAAUUUUUCAACUAAGAAAUCUUCAAACUUAAUUCAUUUAAUCGAUUCCAUUUUAUUUCAUUUCAAUCACACAUUGACCUAAAAAUCCAUUUCAGUCUCUUUUAACAAGAAUGAAUAAGAUCCAACAAUUUAUUGUAAUGAUAUGUUGCUUAAACAAUUAUUUUAUAAUUCUAUUGAAAAUGCCAUUGUAUUUGCAAAGGAUAAAGUUAUCAUAGAAAUAAAUACUCAUUAUGAUUAUGAUAUUAACAAAUAAAUAAUUACAAUCAUAAUCAUAAAUACAAUUGAUCCUACAAUUUUAGAACAAAAUAACAAAGAAAAAUAGAUAAAAUUAGGACAUUUAGUUUGCAACAAAAUAUUAAGAUGGAUUGGUCCAUACAAAACCUUAAGCAUAAAUUAAGAAACUUGUUCUUAUUCAGUGAAAUUCUGCUUAUUUGAUAAAUUAUGA